AUGGCACCGAAACAGCGCACCACCGCCCCAACCGGCGCCCCAGCUACAACCACAACUACAACAGCUACCCCAUCAGCACCUGCUCGCUCAAGCAAAGCAAACAACACAGACGCCGCCGCCAUUGCGCAAGGAAUAUGGAACAAAUACGUUGACAAGACGCCCCAGCGAACCAAGCUGCUCGAUACCUUCCUCGCUUUCCUCGUUAUCGUCGGUGCUCUGCAAUUCCUCUACGUGGUCUUGGUUGGAAACUUUCCUUUCAACGCCUUCCUCUCCGGCUUCAGCGCAACAGUCGGUCAAUUCGUCCUCACAGCCUCGCUGCGCAUCCAGACAAACUCGGAGAACAAGGUGCACUUUGAGAAUAUCUCGCAUGAGCGGGCGUUUGCGGAUUUCAUCUUUGGCAGUUUAUUGCUGCACUUCUUUUGCGUCAACUUCAUCAACUGA